AUGUAUCAGCGCGCACUCCUUUUCUCCGCCCUGGCGGCGGCUGCCCAUGCCCAGCAGGUUGGCACAUUGAAAGCUGAGACCCAUCCCUCUUUGACAUGGCAAAAGUGCACUGCCAAGGGCAGUUGCACCGACCAGAAGGGUUCUGUUGUUAUUGAUUCCAACUGGCGUUGGCUUCACUCUGUCGAUGGUUCCACCAACUGCUACACUGGAAACCAGUGGGAUGCGAAUCUUUGCCCAGACGAUAAGACUUGCGCCACAAAAUGCGCUCUGGACGGCGCUGACUACGCCGGCACCUACGGUGUGACCACCGAUGGCAAUGCUCUCACGUUGGACUUUGUCACUGGCGCUAACGUUGGCUCUCGUCUGUUCCUGAUGGAGGACGAAAGUACCUACCAGAUUUUCAAGCUGAAGAACCAGGAGUUCACAUUCGACGUGGAUACCUCCCAGCUGCCUUGCGGACUCAAUGGAGCUCUGUACUUUGUUUCCAUGGACUCUGAUGGUGGCAUGGCUAAGUACGACGGCAACAAGGCAGGUGCCAAGUACGGAACUGGCUACUGUGAUUCUCAGUGCCCUCGUGAUCUGAAGUUCAUCAACGGACAGGCCAACGUGGAUGGCUGGGUACCUUCCAAGAAUGACAAGAAUAGCGGUGUCGGCGGCCACGGAUCUUGCUGCCCUGAAAUGGAUAUCUGGGAAGCCAACAGCAUUUCCAAUGCGUACACACCUCACCCUUGCGAGAGCCCCGAACAGACCAUGUGCGAGGGCGACAAUUGUGGCGGAACUUACUCCUCCACCCGCUACGCAGGAACCUGCGAUCCCGAUGGAUGUGACUACAAUCCCUUCCGCAUGGGCAACGAGACCUUCUUCGGCCCCGGCAAGACCGUUGACUCCAAGUCCAAGGUGACCGUGGUCACUCAGUUCAUCACUAGCGACGGCACCGACACCGGCACCCUCAGCGAGAUCAAGCGUGUCUACGUGCAGAACGGAAAGGUCAUUGCCAACUCUGCCUCGGAAGUCAGCGGUGUCACCGGAAACUCGAUCACCACGGACUUCUGCACAGCCCAGAAGAAAGCCUUCGGCGACGAUGAUAUCUUCGCUCAAAAGGGUGGUCUGGCUACCAUGGGCGAGGGUUUGGACCAGGGCAUGGUUUUAGUCAUGAGCUUGUGGGAUGACCACUAUGCUAAGAUGCUCUGGUUGGACGGCGAGGCCUACCCCACCUCUGCUUCUGCCUCCGAUCCUGGUGUUGCUCGCGGCACAUGCGACACAGCCUCCGGCGACCCAGCGACCGUUGAGAACGAGUCAGGCUCGGCCAAGGUGACCUACUCUAACAUCAAGGUCGGUCCCAUUGGCUCCACCUACGCUUCCUAA